CAAGGACCAGAGCUGCCGGCUAUCCUGAUGGAUCUCCCCAAUGCACCGGAAGGACACCUAAAUAAUAUGACAUUCUUCAACGGGGUCUUCGCGAAUGUGGAAGGUGUUGCAUUCUUUUUUGACUGUUUGGGUUCCCACUUCACUUGGCUCCAGUCCAUCUUCACCAACUUCCCGGCCCUCCUCACCUUCGUGAGCAAACUGAAAUGUGUGACCGGCCUCUGUCCGAGAGAUUUUGAAGAUUACGGCUGCACCUGCCGAUAUGAGAUGGAAGGCCUCCCUGUGGAUGAAGCGGAUGGCUGCUGCUUCCAACACCGCAAGUGUUAUGAAGAGGCAACGGAUGAAGAUUGUGUGUGGGAUCCUUCCAAGAUCACUGUGGAUGUUAGCUGUCUCACCAAAAACCUUACUUGUGAGUCUGAAGAUACCUGUGAACGUCUUCUCUGCAACUGUGACAAAGCGGCUAUUGAAUGCUUUGUGCAUGCUCGCAUUAACUCUUCCUUGCACAACCUGGAUGUUUCAUUCUGUCCUGCUCUGGUUACAGAAACAGCUACUGAGAAAAAUCAGGCAACUGUUUUUGCGGCAGAUGGUCUUCCAGAUUCCAUUAACCUGUUGCUACAGAACCCUGAACAAGGAGAUAUUCCUCCAGAGUCUGGUGACCAGUUGCUGAAGACUCCUGAAGCAGGAGCCAAAGAUGUGUCCCAAGUUGAUUCUUCCGUCUCUUCUUCAGAUGUUCCCCCAGAGUCUAGUGAUGUGUUGCUGAAGACCCCUGAAGCAGGAGCACUGGGAGGCGUAUUUGCUGCAUUUGAAGAGUCAAUGCCAAGUGAGCUGACAGAAAAAGUUUUCCUCCCAGAGGGAGUGACAACAAGUACUCUCCUACCACCCCGUAUUAAUUCUGUAGAGCCUGAGGUGGUGCCAGCUUCAGAGUCUCCCGGAAGAUCAACAGACAAAGCAACAGACAAUCAUUUUAAGAUAGCGGACCCUGGAGAGGAAAGCACAACUUAUUCUACGCUGGGUCCAGAAGAGACAAUGGAUCCUGAGGAUGCUUUCGGAAAAGUGUGUGACCGUUUUACCUUUCUUCAAAUGCGAGAAAACGGCCAAGUGAAGAGGGAGAUGGCCCAGCUGGGUGAGAUGCUCUACUGCUUAACGGACCGAUGUCCAGAGGACUUUGAAUUGUACGGAUGCUACUGCGGCCAGGAAGGAAAAGGCCACCCUACAGACGAUCUGGACAGGUGCUGUUUCUCCCAUCACUGCUGCCUGGAGCAACUGAAGAAACUGGGAUGCCACCCAGAUAGAAAUUCCAGAUCUGAAGUUUUAUGUUUUGAUCAUACACCAAAGUGCAUCGGCUGGACGAUGUGUGAAAAGCUCCUUUGUUCCUGUGACAAGGCGGCUGCGGAGUGUAUGGCUACCGCCCCCUUCAACGAAAGCCUGAUGUUCCCCAACAAGCAGGCCUGCGAAGAGGACAGGCUGUUUUGUCGCCGGGGGGCACACGAAAGGCCCUCGAGCAGCCAUGGGAUCGGGUCCAGCACCUCCAGCGAGGAAGAGAGCAGCAGCGAGGAAAGAGGAGAAGCAAGGAGUGUUUUGAGAAGAGCGAAGCGAGCCGCCCGCCGCCUGGGGCCAAAGCGCAGAGCGGUGCCCUUGCAAGAGAGAUAA